AUGACUGAAAAUCCUGAUCCUGCCUUGCAAAUAAUCACGGAACUUAACAAAAAUCAUUUUCAGAAUGCAAUACAUCUCCUUGAUCAACUCUCCGAUUCUCAAUUCCAUCAAAUUCAAACAAAUAUUUAUUCCAUUAUCACAAAUAAUUACCUGAGCGAUUACUCCUCCCAACUGAAUAACAUACACAGAUUUAUUGCUUUAUAUACUAUUAAAGGCGCUAAUUUCCUUCAACAAUUAUCAGAAACUUAUAUUAUUCAAAAGAAUACGAAAAUUGGCCUGCUAUUAUUUAUUUUCUCACUUCAGAAGACAUUCUAUGGCCUAACUUUUGAAAAACCAAUUCCUUUCGAAAAUCAAUCUUUAGUCAAAUUUCUUUCUAGUCUAAAAAGAGCUGAAUUUCCCAUAUUCACUUAUACAUUUGCUCAACUCAAUCUCAAUUGGAAUGAUUUGAUAGAGAAAAACGCUUGUUAUGUGUUGGAAAAUGGAACUAAUGAACUUAUCAAGCCAAAUGAAUACGAAGCACUUAAAAAUUUUGCAAUGUCUAUUCUAGAUAUCGCUAAAUCUAUUGAUAAAUCAGAGAAUUUUUCAUUUUCAAAAGUUAUCACCGAGUUCAAUGAAAAACUAGCAAAAUUACAAGCAUCUAUCAGUAGUGCAUUAGAUGCAUUUAAUAAAUUUAAGCAAACAAAGAUUUGUUACGAACAAUAUCGAAUUUUAUAUAAUUCUCUUUGCGAAUCACUUGAAUCUGAAAUAUUACCAACUAUCAUUAAAGAAAUAGAAACAAAUCCACAAGCAGAUUGUCAAAAUCUAAUGAAUAAUAUCAAAAAAGAUUUGGAAACACCAGAUAAGCUAAAUAUUUACCAGAUACUUAUAGCUUGUCAAAUAUACAAGAUAUUGGACUCUUUUAAACCAGAUUUGAACAAGGUUUUAGAAAAAUUAAGAAAAAUUAAGAAUUUUAUUGAGAAAGUUAAUGUCAGAAAUGAGAUUUCUCUCUAUCCAAGCUAUGUGAUCAAGCACAAUGAGUCGAAUUCUUCUUAUAUUUCUAUAUUUUCUGAUAUGUUCAACAAAAACUUCCAAAUCUUCAAACACAGAUACUUGGGAUCACUUUUAGAGCAUGCAAUUAAAUCUGAGAUGUCUGCUGAUGAAUUAAAUGAAGCCUUUGACUCAUAUGAAAAUUUCGAACAAAAUUUAGUUCAAAUUGUUCAGAGCCAAGAGAUUUUCGGCAGAAUUAAUCUGUCUAGAGAUGAUUUUAUCCAUAAAAGUCUUGAUUCUUGGAAAUUCCAGUCAGAAUUCUUGAAUAAACUGGAUUUCCACCAAAUAAGAUCAAUCAUUCUCUCAAGAAUUGAUGAAAUUGAUGGUUGUGAGAUAGAAAAAUGUUCGAUUUGCAAUAUUCACAAUUUCAAAGUUGUUUGUAGUAAAUGUGGGACACAUGUAUGCGAAAAGUGUCUCGAAUCAAACCAUAAUCAAUGUCCUUUGUGUUCUAGUAAUUUGUAA